UAGUAAACGGCCUGCUGCGAGCCGAGGACGCUUGGAUUUUAGGGUUUAGAGAACGCGGUGCUCUGAGAAGAGAGAGAGAGAGAGAGAAGCAGAGAAUUGAAGCGAAGGUAUACCACAAUCCUUUCUAGGCUGCUGGUUGCUUUCCCUACUUCGCGAUUCAGAAAGACAGGAAAAUAACUUGAAUGGCAGUCGGAAUUCGCAUGAAGAGAAGGGUUGUCGAUAAAUAUGCUGAUAGGAGGAGGAAUAAGAACAUUGUAGGUGCGAAAGGACACGGAGGUAGAUAUAACAUGGAAGAUUCUGAUGGUGAGGUUUUUGCAAGAGUGGAAGAACUAGCUCACUUACCUAAUAUGAGCGUGAAAGGAAGAAACUUGCGGUCGAGUAUCAAGCAGAGUGAGAAAAGAUUUGCGAGAAGGGAAGAAAAUGAUUCUGAGCUUUCUAGUUGGAGAAUGAGGAGAUCUGUUGUUUCUAAGGAUGUAGGGAGGGAAAGGAAGUCUUUUUUUGGGGUGCGAAAGGAACGGGGUAAGGAUGUCGAUGCUGCUAAAAAGGGUAAAGCUGGUGAUGCGAGAUUGUUUGCAGGGAAACCUCUUAGAGCAAUGCGAAAAGUUGCUGAUGAAGAUUUUUCUGAUUAUGAACAUAAUGGCGGGGAUUUCUAUAGAAGAAGAGAAAGGAGCAUGAAAACUGAAGCAUCUGCUGGAAAGAUUAGGUUGAAAAGGCGAAAGUUUGACGUUGAAUUAGCUGAAGAUAGCCCGAGAUGCGAUGCUGAAUCUGUAGAAUUGGAGAAGCAUGCAGUUACUAAAGAUGGAGAAAAUCAAAAUUCUGAGCAAAAGCCCAUUAGAAGGCCAACUCGGGUGCUGGACAAAACUGGUAAAAAGAUAAGAGUUCAAACAAAAGCCAUGGAAAAAGGCUCAACUGAGACCAGUGUUUCCAAGAAGACUACGAGGCGAGUUAUCAAGAUAGACCCAUAUGAUAUUUCAAAUAAAAGAUUGGAUGACGGUGUUCCAAAAAGUGACAUAGCCGUGGAGAAAGAAACUGUGGUUUCAAUGAAUGCUCAGUUUCGUGCGAUACAACCAAGUGCUGGAAUCCUCUCCUUCGUGGAAGAAAAUCUGCUGGGCCGCAGGCGGUUGAUCGAGUUGCAAAAUGCUGGCUACAAUGUCAAGCUAUCGGCCCCAUUAGAUAACACACCAUUUUCUACUGCAACAGAUAGAGAAAAGAUCGAAGAUAACGUGUUUAGGAAUAAGUUGGAAUUUUUCGCAGCUGCAAAGAUGUCCUCAUCUUUCCCAUCUCCAACACUUCCCGAGAUAGCAUUUGCAGGUAGGUCAAAUGUUGGGAAGUCAUCAUUGCUUAAUGCACUUACCAGACAAUGGGGUGUGGUGAGGGUAUCGGAUAAGCCUGGCUUGACUCAGACCAUCAACUUUUUUAAGCUCGCCUCAAAGCUUUGUUUGGUUGAUCUUCCUGGUUAUGGUUUUGCUUAUGCUAAAGAAGAAGUCAAGGAAAAUUGGGAGGAGCUUGUGAAGGAGUUUGUCUCCACUCGGGUUGGAUUACAGAGGGUUUGCCUUCUAGUUGAUACCAAAUGGGGCAUGAAAGCAAGGGACUUGGAGCUCAUAGAGUUAAUGGAACGGUAAUGAUCCAGCAUCCAUACAAGAUCUUCUCACUCAACUGCAAUCCAACUUUCAACUCAAGUAGCUCGGUGAUGUUUCACUCUUUCUCGGAAUUCAAGUUCUGAAGACAUUGUUAGGACUAUUCCUCUACCAACAACACUACGCCACCAAUCUUCUUCAAAUCGCAGGCUUCUCCGAUUGCAAACCAGCAACCACUCCUCUGGCUCCGUCGCCAAGCACCAAGAUCACGUCCAAUCAACUGUACAAUGAUCAUUAGCUCUACUGCAAGCUAGCUGGAUCAUUUCAAUACCUAACAUUCACUCGAUAGGACAAGAUUUGCCACAAACUCCAUCUGUCAACACAUGCAUGCGCCGAAUCAACAAAAUUUCAAAUCUCUCAAACGUCUUCUCCGAUACAUCAAAGGAACUCUUCAUUUCAGUUUUCCUCUCACUAUAGGCAACCUUCAACUAACAACAUAUGCUGAUGUAGACUGUGCCAUAGAUUCCAUGGACAAAAAAUCAAUAUCCGGAAUCUGCACCUUUCUAGGCAACAACCUCAUUUCUUGGUAUGUAAAUAAACAACCAACUGUUGCUAAGUCAUCCACAGAAGCUGAGUAUGGCUCGCUGGCUUCUAACACCUUAGAUGUUAUAUGGCUUCACCGUCUAUUUGUAGAGUUUCAAGCACCUCAAAAUUCUCCAACCACUAUAUACUGCAACAACACCUCGGCCAUCGCCCUCACAAACAAUCCCGUCUUCCACGCCCGUACAAAGCAUAUGGAAUUUGACUUCCACUUCAUUCGACAGCACAUCGACAAGGGUGCCAUCGUUCUCUCACACAUUAGCUCCUCUGACCAAGUCGCUGACAUCCUCACCAAGGCUUUUACUAAAACACACUUUUACAACCUUCGAAACAAAUUAACCAUUAUGAAUGCUUAAUUUGUGGGGGCAUGUUAGCGCACAUUACACGUCACCAUCCACGUAGCCUGUCUUUUACAUUUCUUGUUUCCAUUACAUUAUUUAUAUCUCUUGUGUACCGUCAUUUGGAUAUAGAAAAUAAGCUUUUCCUUCUCCCCCGAACUUGUCUUCUUCUGCUUGCUCCGGUUCUUUCAGAUGGCUCAUAUGAAUUCAACCCAGAAUAAUCAGUAACCAAUACAAGUCUUCUACUUGCAGAUGAGCAUCCCUCCCCAUGGAAAAAUUAUUGUGUCCGGACAGCGGUACCAAGCGGUACUGACCGGUAGUGCUGUCGGUACCGAGUGCGAUACCGAGCGCCUAGUGAUGUGGCACAUUUUUAUUGGUCUCUGGACACAUUCAGUGUCCGAACACAAUAAUCACUCCUCCCCAUGAGGCUUUUUCCUGGG